UGAGUUAGGGUGAGCAUUCCCCAUCGGCCUCCCAUCUAUAUCGCCUCUGACAAAAUUUCAAGCGGAUCAGAGGGAAAGAGAGAGCUUCGAGGGAGUUCGGGGAUCGCAUCGAUGGACCGUGGCGGCCAGGGUGGAACCGGCGGUGCGAUGGACCAUGCGGUCGUGAGUAGGAUGAUGCUUAAGUUUCGGCCGAUAGCACCAAAACCUGUCAGCGGAGAAACCACGUCGGGGACGGGUACUUCGGAGUCGAGCGAGCUCUCGAACUUGUCCAGUGGUAAAGUAAAAUUGCCCAAGAGAAAGUACGUUAGGAGUCGUAAGAAUAACAUCAAGAGAUCAUCAUCUGCAAAGAGGACGGGAAAGUUAUCAAGGCAAGAUAAAGAAGAUGGAUCACCGGACGACGAGAAAGAGAAGGAGGAGGAGGAGGAGGAGGAGAACGUGAAUACCCUCCGAUUACUUCCCGAGAUGGCCGAAGAAGAGCCUAAAGUUGACGACCAAAGGUUAUCUUUAUUUUCAACUGUUCAUGUUAGCGACCUAGAGAAACCCUUGUCGCAGGCGGACUCGACAACAAACGGUCGGGUUACAACGGAGCAAUCCUCCCACUUUGGUUUGGACUUGCCCGAACAUCAGCCGUAUGAUGAAAGUUCCAACAUCAUAAGUCUCAACUACCAAUUAUUAUUUCAUCCCCCUGAACAGCCCGUGAUGAUGCAGGACUCGAGAGUUUUAGUGUCUAAGGUGAUGGCUGUGGUGGAGACUGUCACGGUGGAUUUCCACACGACCACUGAUCCCCGAGAACUCGGAGUUACUGACACGGAGAUAAUCGAGAACCUAGGAUUGGACACAAGUCCAGGGUUUGUGUCGGACUCGUCGAGCAAGAUCUGCUGGGUGAACGGAGCUUUUAGGAGGAUGGUAAUGGCCAUGGGAGGUCAAAGUUGGCCGCCACUUCCCCCGGUGGAGUCGGCAGCAGUGCUGGUAGUGAAAGAGAGGCUGCCCGACUGGUGCCGAGCAUUUUCGGGAUGGGUGAGGGUGAAGCUGCAACGAGCUGGUCGGCCUCACCGUGGUACCGUCGACGAGGAGUCAUCCGAGAAGAGUUACUGCAAUUGGCAGCAAGUGGUGCCGUGCGAUGUGUGGAGAAUGGAGUGUGGAGGGUUUGCAUGGAGGCUCGACCUCAAAGCUGCUCUCACUCUCGGCCGCUUAACUUGAAGAGGUCUAGCUAAUUAAAUCGAGGGAGCAAAAAUAUUAUCAUCUCUACUAGGAUCAGGAGGAAUAUAAUAUAUAUAUAUAUAUAUAUAUAUAUAUAUGUACAAUAAUGCAUGUGGCCAGGUUGUAUUUGCAGGGAGACCAGGAGAGGACGUACGAAAAGGUAUGAGUAAACGGGUUUAAAGAGCGAUGGAUCAACUGACAUGUGGAUUGCUGAGAAACAAGAAUUAAUGUUUGUGUCACAUCAUCAAAAACUCUUUUUUUUUUCCUUCCCCUGUUAGGGUUAAAAUCCCUUUUUUGAAUUAAGCCCGUCUAAUGUGAAAUUCUGAACUUCUAGAGCAUGUCCCCACGUCACGUUGUGCUGUUGGUUGACUAAACUCCAAAAUACAUCAACAUCCAUCUCAAUUACUUGGAAAA